CCUACUUCCCGAUCCUCUCUCUUCUUGGUUUUCCUCUUAUCGCUCCUUCUCUCGUUCCACUCGCGCUCUCGCCGCCGACGACGGCGAGCGCGUGAGAUCGGAUCGGAAGCUCUGAAAUUGAAAAAGUUGGCAGCACUGUGGAUUGACUCGAGAACAUCCAGUAGUAAUGGAAUCUCGAGUAACUGAUUUGGGAUAUGGUGGAUAUGGACGUUGUCACUCUUCCAAUUCUUACAAGAGGUUAUCAGCUGUAAGCGGGAACUGUAAGGUGUUGAUGAGUAGGAAAAGAAAAACUCCUGACACAAUUAUGCCAUGGAUGGGUGCUGAUAACUGUUCUGAGGCUAUUAUGGUCAGUGAGAAAUCAAAGCUGACAUCUGUAAUGGCAAAUGCUCCUAAGGAUAACACCUCAUGGAUGUCAAAAGGCCAGGAUGAGAAGGAUCAGAAAAUGGACAUUAGGACUGUGAGGCAGUGUGCCAUAAUAUUGAAAAAACUAAUGAGUCAUCAAGUUGGCUGGGUUUUCAACCAACCUGUUGAUCCGGUCAAACUGAAUAUACCUGAUUAUUUUUCUAUCAUUUCCAAACCCAUGGACUUGGGCACUAUAAAACGCAAGCUUGAAGGCAAAUUGUACUCAAGCACCCAUCAGUUUGCGGCAGAUGUGAGGCUCACUUUCUCUAAUGCAAUGCAAUACAAUCCUCCAGGCAAUGAGGUCCAUAUCAUGGCAAAGGAAUUAAAUAAUAUCUUUAAUCUAAGAUGGAAAUUACUGGAAGAUAAAUGGAUAAAGGAAACAGUAACAGUCUUGCACAAGCCAGUGACAAAGGAUGGGCAGAAUCAAGAGUUCAAGACAAAACAAGCGGUCCGAAUUACAUCUGCUUUGUCUGCUACUGCCAUGAGAAAAUGUGCUAAGGUCUCUGUUGUGGAUACUCGCAAAGUUAUGGAUGAUGAAACCCUAAAAACAGCGUCAGCUGGCAUCAAUGAUACAUGUGUCAGUAUGGAAUUCAGUUCCCGAUGUCAGUAUGAUGUUUCACAGGCUUCAGUUAUUGAUGUAGACUCAGAUAGGUCUCUGGCUGACGAGAGUCAUGGUCAUGAUUGUAUUUUAUCUGAUCUGGAUUUUAAAAACAGCUUAGCAGAGGCUGCAGUUAUUGAAGACAAUGCUCAAACCAUGUGGCAUCUUGCUUCCUCACCAGUAGCUGCAAGAAAAGAUGCAGAAGAUUCCCUCCCUCUGGAGCAACUAUCACCAACCAAAGCUCUCCGUGCUGCAAUGCUGAAGAGCCGUUUUGCUGAUACCAUAAUUAAAGCACAGCAGAAAACACUCUUGAAUCAUGGAAACAAAGUAGAUCGGGUGAAGAUGCAGAGGGAAAAAGAGAAACUGGAAAAGCAACAGCAGGAAGAGAAGGCUCGAAUUGAAGCCCAUGUUAAAGCUGCUGAAGCUUCUGCAAGAAAGAAGGCGGAAUACGAGUUGAAGAUGCAGAGGGAAAAAGAGAGGGAGGCAGCUCGCUUGGCUCUGCGAAAGAUGGAAAAAACUGUGGACAUCAAUGAUAACUUCCAGACAUUUAAAGACCUUGAAUCUCUAGCUUAUUCUCUAUCUGGCCACCAGCUUGAUGAAAUGGAUAGAAUUCGGAACCCAUUAGAGAAGUUGGGUUUGUUCAUUAAGCGUGAAGAACUGGAUGAGCCUGAUGAUCAUGUUGGUGUUGCAGCUGAUAACAGUCAUAACAAUGGUGAUGUAGAAGAAGGGGAGAUUGGUUGCUUAUAAUCAAACACUGAUACUAUUUAACUUUUCUUUUUUUUCUUUUUAUUUUUUGAUCACCCCCCAGUGUUUAUAAGUUAGGUUAUAGUUUGAUAAAGAUAUCUGAAUUUCAAUGUAAUUCUUUGAUCACCAUUGUAAACUUUCUAAGUGAUCCUCCGGCUUUUCCCAAAAUGGUAUUCAUAUUAUGUACUUUUUGGGUCUUUAUGUUAUGUAUUAUAGUACAAUUGCAGGUGUUGGCAAAUGAAAAAGAGAACUGCUGUCAAGGCUUUACAA